CGGAAGCGGUAGGUACAAACGGCGAGAACCACUGAGAUGUUUGGACUUUUUGGGAAAAAUAAACCGUUUAAAAUACGGACUUACCAUGAAAACAAAAAAUACGGAGUUGCAGCAAAAAACUUGAAGGAUUUGCUUAAGAAAGGCUGCAAGUUAUUACAGCUGCCACUUUCAAGUGCACAUGUCUGUUUGUAUGUUGAUGGGACAAAAGUGACAGAGGAUUUCUUCCCAACUCUGCCAGACAAUACUGAACUUGUUCUUCUCACUAAAGAUCAGACAUGGAGUGGAGUCGUGUGUGACAUUGGUUGGUUAUUAAACACAAACCAGCAUGCUGAUGGUCUCAUUGAAGCUGCAAGAGGACUUCUGUCUGAUGAGAAGUCACCAAAAAGGCGAAAAAUCUUGACUGACCUGCUGCAUAACUUGGAGGACAGAUCUGAGCUGGAGGACAGAGAGGAAGAUGAAGACUGGUUCAGAGGCAUUGAUACUCGAUUCAAGACGAAGUCUGCCUACAUGAAAUUCAACUGCCAAAGUAGGAUACGAGGCUACAUGAAAGAGGUAGAUGAUGCUGCAAAAACCAUCCAGAAGGCAAAAGUUAGGGCUGAGUUUGAGGAAGCAUCCAACUGCCUGGUGGAAAUGUUACAGACUGCAAAAUACAACGGAUGCUACUUUGACAGGACUGCAAAGGAGCCACAUCGCCUCUGCACUCAGGAAGGAUGGUUCACCUGCCAGGGAACAUUUGACCAGGAAGUCUGCCUGUCUCUCCAUUCAAUCAACCCUUAUGGGAGCAGGGAGAGCAGGAUCAUCUUUAGCACCUGGAAUCUAGACCACAGGAUUGAAAAGAAGAGAUCGAUCAUUCCUGCUCUGCUUGAAGCGCUACAGAAUCACAAGAGCACGGAUGUCAACCUGAACUACUUCUACCGGCUGCUGUUCACAAGGGAGAACCUAAAACUGGUUCACAUUGUUUGUCACAAAAAAGGAGCUCACUAUCUGCAGUGUGACACCAAGAAGAUUUUUAAAACAGCCAGCAACACAGACAAGGGAAAACAGAAAGCCAAAGGGAAGAGGAGGCGCUCGCGAUGAGUGUCCACAUAAAAUUAAGUUUUAAACUCUGACAACAUUAUGGAUUAUGGCAAUAAACUGUGAAAUACCUCAGGUUCUCUUUUAAAAGGCAUUAUAAACAAGGCAUCACAUUUUUCACCUAAGUAUAAUGUAUUUUUCCUUUUUAUAUCCUGCUUGUAAUCAGUAAACAUCUGACAGAAAUAUGUUUGUAAGUAAUAAAUUAUUACAGUGAAAUGGGUUGAAAUCAUGGAAAACAUUUAUUUGUUCUUAUGUUGGCACAAUAAUGUAAACUGCAUGAACUGAUUAUACAAUGACUGCUUCAUGUAUGAGGCACAAAGUUGCAUAGACAAAUAUGAAAGCAUUCUGCAUAAAUAAGGCUGUAAAAAUAUAUAAAACAUUUGACUGGAUUGUCAGAACAAUCAGUUAUGUACAAAAUACAAACAUGUGAACAGCACUAGUGCAUUUAUUAUGAACCUCAAAGUCUGAAUCAAACUUACUCUGAGUUGUCAUCAGUUUAGUCACACACUGAAGACGUAAAUGAAAGCUUUUUUUAAUUCAUGUUAUCGGAAUAUAUGUUUAUCAUUUAUUUUUGCCAUGUUUGUAUGAACUUUACAGAAAAAUCUGGGAGAUUAUUUAACAUUUUUUUUGUAUGCAAAUAUACAGAUGAGUUGAGUUCUAAACAGCUGCCAACAAAUGAGCACACAGAUGUGUUGAAGAGAAAAGUCUUAUACAACAAUGGCUCGUUCAUCUUUAAUUCUGAAAUUGUGCUAUUAAAAGAUUUCAUUA